AAAUAAAAUAUAACUCCAUUCUUGAAUGCACUCAAAACCCAACUUCCAUUUAUUAUUUGCUCAAAGAAAACAUCAUUCUUGAAGGCUUCACUGCCAUUCUUCUUUCUUUGCUCUUUUAAGUUCAAUUAUGGCGGAAACGUUUCUGUUCGAUAUUGCAGAAAGGGUUCUGGAAAAACUAGUCCAUCUCUCUGUAGACGAAGUUCGCUUGGCGUUUAAUGUCAAAACCGAUCUGAAAAAGCUGGAGGACACCAUGAUCAGCAUUAAAGCUGUGCUCUUGGAUGCCGAGCGGCAACAGCACCAAAAUGAAAAGCUGCGCCUCUGUAUGUGGAAGCUCAGAGACAUCUUUUACGAUGCUGAGGACCUUAUUGACGAUUUCAAGUGUGAAACUCUCUGCAAACAGGACGCCAUCAAUCAUCUCAAUACCAACAGCUCAAAGGUGCGGUUUUUAGCUUCCUGUUGUACUUGUUUGCCUCUUUCAUUCUCUUUAAGAAUGGCUCAUAAAAUCAAAGCCAUCAAUCGGAGGCUAGGCGAACUUGCCACUGAAUGGAACAGCUUUGAUCUAAGACAGUGUAGCGACAACCGACAUGUUUUUCGCAGAGAGACUAUAUCUUUUGUGGAUUCUUCUGAUGUUAUUGGUAGAGAUGAGGAUAAAGAGAAAAUUAUUAAUAUGUUGAGGAAACCAUGUAAGGAUCGAAAUGUCCCUGUCAUUCCCAUUGUUGGACUUGGGGGUUUAGGGAAAACCACGCUCGCGCAACUGGUAUACAAUGAUGAUCGAGUUAUUACCCUUUUUCCUUUGAAGAUAUGGAUCUGUGUUUCUGAGGAAUUUGAUCUUUCUAGAUUGCUCAAGCUGAUUAUUCAGUCUGUAAAUGAAAAAGUAAAAUGUGAUGAUUUACCACUUAAUGCCUUGCAAGCUCAUUUGACAAGCCUUUUGAAGGAUAAGAAGUUCUUGCUCGUCCUGGAUGAUGUGUGGAAUGAAAAUCAAGCAAAGUGGGUUCAGUUAAGAAAUUUGUUGAGAUCAAAAGAUGGCUUGUCUCAAAACAAAAUCAUUGUCACCACUCGGAGUUUGAAAGUUGCUUCAAUAAUGAGCUCGAUUCCCCCCUAUGAACCGAAGGGUCUUUCUCUUGAAAACUGUUUGACAUUGUUUACAAAAUGGGCUUUUAAUGAUGGUGAUGAGAGACAUUAUCCAAAUCUCAUUAGAAUCGGGCAGGAUAUUGUGAAGAAAUGUAAAGGGGUUCCUUUGGCGGUAAGAACAUUGGGAAGCCUACUGUUUCAGAAAACUGAUGAAUCUGAUUGGAUUUAUAUAAGAGAGAGUGAAAUAUGGAGACUUGAGCAAGAUGAAAACGAUAUUUUACCAGUGUUGAAGUUGAGUUACAAUCAUUUGCCAUCUCAUUUGCAACGAUCUCUUGCUUUUCUGUCCUUGUACGAAAAGGAUGAGAUCUAUUAUAGUGACAAAGUCAUCCGUCUUUGGAUGGCAAAUGGGCUCCUUGAGCAUCCAAAGCAAAAUCAAGAGUGGGAGGAUGUUGGCAAACGAUAUUUGAAUGAAUUACUGUUAAGGUGCCUCAUCCAAAAGGAGAGGGAUUUUGGCUUGUAUUUUACCUUCAAAAUGCAUGAUCUGGUACAUGAUCUUGUAUUAGAUGUGUCUCAAAAAGAGUGUAAAACAGUGAAUUCCAAAACAAAAACGGUUGAUGAAAAUGUUCGACAUCUGUUAUUAUGUGAUGAGAAGUCGGUUGAAGUUCUGCGUGUUUUGGAGAAAUUGGAAAAAGUUCAAACAGUAAUCGUCCAAACUAGUUCGCUGAGAUCAAAGAUUUUUGAUAAAUCUCUUAUAAAUCUUUGUGUCUCCAAUUUCAAGUAUCUACGAGCAUUAGCAUUAAGGUCACCAUUGAGGGCUUUACCGAAUUCCAUUGGUACCUUAAAGCAUUUACGAGACCUUGACUUGGCCAAUUGCAUGGGUAUACAGAAACUUCCGAGUUCUUUCUAUAAGCUUCGCAGCUUGCAAUCGUUAAAUUUGGCAGGUAGUGGUUUGAAGCAGUUGCCUGACAGCGUGCAAAGGUUGAUUGAGCUUAGACAUCUUGUAAUAACCGUUGAAGCUAAGCAUUUGAAAGAAAUACGAGCAGGAUGUUGGACUUAUCUUCAAUACUUGGAAUUGCAUGCCUGUAUGGAAUUAGAAUGUUUACCUGAAGGAAUGCAGUAUCUGAAGUCACUUCGGACACUUGUUCUGAUUUUUUGUCAUAAACUUGUCUCAUUGCCCCGGAGCCUGAAAUGCCUAACCAAGUUAGAACACCUUCAAAUAGUUUCUUGCCAUCAAAUGAAUUUGAAAAUGGAACCACAAGAGGAAGAAGACAAAGACCUUCAGUUGAGCCUUAAAACUCUCUCACUCGUUAAUUUACCUGCUUUAACAGAUUUGCCACGAUGGCUUCUUCAAGGAUCUUCUUCCACUUUGCAGCAAUUACAAAUUAUGUUUUGUGAAAAUUUGUCCGUUCUACCGGCAUGGCUACUGAAUCUCACUUCUCUUCAUGAACUUGAGAUUGUGGGUUGCAGAAAUUUGUCAGCUCUACCGGAGGGAAUAGACCGCCUCACCAACCUUAGAGAAUUGACAAUUGAUGGAUGUCCGCAGUUGAGCAAAAGAUACAGAGAAAUGGGGGUGAAGAUUGGCACAAAAUUGCUCACAUCUAAAACGUUGUCAUUAAGCAUUAGGAUUGAGGAAUGUGGUAAAAUUUUGAUUUCAUAUAAGAGUGGAGCAGGGCUUUGGUUGGAAAUUUUUGAUGUUUAAAAGUUUGUUAAUUACUUAAUGUGUUAUAAAACAUUGCAUGUAUGAAAUGUGAAGAUGAAGAUGGAAGAAUGAUUACUUUAUUUGCAUAUUUAUGUAAUCGCAUGGUUCGUUUGUGUUUAUGGGUUAGAA